CUUCUGAGUUUACUGUUAUUGAUUCAACGUUUUGCUACUCGUAUUAGAACCAAAUACCAUCACUCAUUUUACCAGCUUUGAAAUCCUCUAAAAUCCUCCUUUGGUUGUGCAGCCGAUGAUCGUCGCGUGCAGUACACGCUGACCACGAAAUGAAAUGCAGCGAAUCCGGUGCUCAAAGAAAGAUGUUGUGCGGUUAUGAUGCCGUGUAAUUGUGUAAACAUCUAAAAGGCUUUGCACAUCAUUAACUAAUUAACAGUCAGUUAUGAUUAUUUUUUGUUGUGAUAGCCUACGUUUAAUAUGGAUCGUUUUGCUGUUGCGUUAUAUGAUGUACAUAUGUAUCAGGACUACAAGAAAGACCUCAGAAAUACAUUGGAUCCUUUUAAAGUAUACCAGAAGGUUUUCUCAUCAAAUAGUGAUUUGAAGGCUGCGAAGGAUUAUAUAUGCUGUGUUAAUGUCGCAACCUUUCAUUGCCAUGUGCCAGUUGUAAACUGUUGAAAGCUUUGAAUCCCGAAAACCGUUCAAUACAGCACAUGAAACUAAUUAUACUAGAACAGUCAGCAGUACACUAAAUAGUCUUUCGAGCAAAGGCAGGAUAAAGGAACAGUUUACUGUGUUCAUGGUAAGAUGCACAAAAACAAUAUAAAAGGAAGCUCCCAUCAAGACUAGAGCAACAUAUUGCUGCCAGACUAUCAGCAGUGUGCAAGAUAUCACUAGUGAUUAGCUGAUACAUGUUGAACAACGUUGGAGGCCUGUGAUAACCAGCUCAUUAUCUCUUUGUGAACUAGAGUGGCCAAGAGUACUAUCGAUACUCGUGCAAACAACAUGUCAACUUGGAAUUAUCUAUUAAUUCUUUGCAGCUUAUCUCAAGUCAUGUCUGACGGCAAAUCAUUUUCAUCGUCAUUUCACAUGCUUGAGCCUGCACGUAAGCCUGUAACCUGCAUCAAACCACCGGUACUUGAUCCCCCUUACUAUCGUGAUCCAAGGCACGACGAGAUGGACCCAAGAAAGUUAAGGAAGCUUCUUGGUGCGGCCUACAAUCCUGAGUACACAGCAAUGACUGAAAACGAAGUGCACAAGAGACGAAAAGAAGAGUUUUUACGCAGUCUUAAAGACAUCAACAGUCCAGAACACGAAGUUUACCGCAAGAUUCUCGUCAAGUCCAUGCCGCAGCACAUCAAAGAUCUUGACUUUACAAUGCCUGGUCUGCGACGCAGUCUAGGACCUCGAGCGAGCAGGAAGCUUCAGCUUUGGCUAUGGAAGAUGUCAUCUUGUCCUGUUUUCUCCAAGUGGAAAUAUUUCGGUGUGCGUUAUUGGCCACCUUACCGCAACAUUGGUCGAUGCGGUAAAAAGCGUUCGUGUUCGUUUCCUCGUGGCAUGAAGUGCAAAAAGUCAGAUACUAAAACUGUCGCUUCAUUACGAUGGGUGUGUUUCAACAACAAUACUGUAACAUGUCGAUGGAUGAAAAUUGACCUUGCAGUGAUCACUAAAUGUCAGUGUACGUGCAGCCACAGCAAAUCUUAAAAAACACUAAAACGAGCUAGACAACAAUGUUAGCAAUACAGUGUCAGUAUGGCAGAGUUUUUGAUUGGCAUUUAGUCCCUGGCAUUUGUAUUUUAACAUACAAAAGAUGGUUGUCAUUAGUAAUCAGCUCAUCAUAUAGUUACUUGUCCAACCAGUCCACUAUUUGUAACGGUCUCCUUUAGAACAAACUACCGCCUAUCUCGCAUUGCCUAUUUAACUUGUCUAUUUAGCGUUGUCGUUGUUAAAAAAGCCAAAAAAAUUUGAUUUUCUUAUUUGCUCGUUUCAAAUUUUCACUGCAUUGAGUUUGGUGGAUACUAAAACGACCAGUUGGUCCCAAAGGAAUACGAGUUGGGCCAAGUACGAUCUCGAAGUCCACUCGACCUCGUUCUAUACUUGUUCAAUGUUCAGCCGAUAAAAUCAUUACAAUUCUAUGUAGAAAGAGUGUUUUCAGUAAGCGAUCGCACUUACACCGUGCAACUUUACAAAAUGUUAGUAGUACUCAUUUUUACUAAAAGUGGACCUGAAGCAAGACGGUAUCGAAUGCUUCAUUUGUAUCAAUUCAAUGUAAUUUGCGCACAGCAUGCACGAUUUACUAAACCAACUAAAUAGCACUAUUUAGUUUGUACAGUUGCACGGUGCGAUCACUCUAAAAGCGUGAAAGACUAAUUACUAAAUUGUACAAAAUAGUGUUAGUUGAACAAAGGAAAACAAAAGAAUCACAAUGAAACAGUACAAAAUAACAUUACUAAUGUUUUACGCUUUUACUAAAAACACUUUAUAAUCCAUUUGUGAAUAACCGCUGUCUUAUUUGAAAGCGAUCCUCUUACGCAAAGACCUUACCAAACACAAAAGAAAGCACGAGAAAAUGUCGUACGUACAAUAGCACGAACAAUUUUCCCUAAGCUGAGGCUAAGGCUUAAACGUUUGUUCUCAUGGGAAUACAGGGUUAGUCUCAACUCAGGGGAAAUUCAAAUUUUCAAGGUUAUUUUGAUAGAGAAAUUUUCUCGUGCUUUCUUUAGUUUACUGUAAGGUCUUUGCUCAUCAAAUAAAGCAUCAACUAGCGAGCCAAUACUAAUAAUCUUUGUAUACAAUCGGGCCGAGCUACACAAAAAUAAAAACCGUAUUCAGAC